UAUUGGUGAGCCUCGUACCGCUUAGUCCAUGCAUUAACAUAGCACUAUCUACAUUUCACCUCAUCCUCUCCUCCUUCGUCACCAUCAUCACAUCUCUUCCUUCUAUCCCCUUCCAUGGCUUCUCAAGAAUUAGGAGGCGAGCUCCACUUCCUCUUCGUCCCUCUCAUGUCGCAGAGCCAUCUCAUCCCCUUCAUUGACAUGGCUAAGCAGCUCGCCUCCCGCGGGCCAAACGUCACCAUCCUCCUCACCCCGCUUAACGCCCUCCGGUUCCGGUCCAUCACUGACCAAACUCUAAUCGAUCCGAACCUCAAAAUCCAGUUCCUCAUCCUCCAGUUCCCUUGCAGGGAAGCCGGCCUCCCUGAUGGCUGCGAGAACAUGGACUCACUCCCGUCACCGGACUUUGUCUCCAACUUCUUCGACGCCAGCAACCUGCUCCAAGGCCCUCUCGAGGACUGGCUCGAGGGGGCUCGGCCCAGGCCCGACUGCUUGGUGUCAGACAUCUGCCUCCCAUGGACCGCCGACCUCGGGCUCAGGUUCAAUAUUCCGAGGAUCGUGUUCCAUGGAAUCUCCUGCUUCACCAUGUUCUGUUCCCACAACUUGAAGAAGUCCAGGAUCAAGGAGAAGGUGAAGUCUGACUCGGAGCCGUUCCGGGUCCCCAACAUGCCCGAUGAGAUCGUGUUCACCAAGGCCCAGCUCCCGGAGAUGCAGCUCAAGAACAGUGGGCCCGACGACAUGGAGAACCUCCUCUACAAGUUCAAGGCUGCCGAGCUGUCAGCAGAUGGUGUAAUGGUGAACACGUUUGAAGAACUGGAGCCAAACUACGUGAAGGGUUACCAGAGUGUCGUGAAGAGGCUGUGGUGCAUUGGGCCUGUCUCCCUCAGCAACACAAAGAACUCCUCCAAGAUCGAUAGAGGAAACAAGUCCGCCAUCGAUGAGAGCCUCUGCCUCGAGUGGCUUGACUCGAGAAACCCUAGCUCCGUUCUCUACAUCUGCUUUGGGAGCUUGUGCCACGUUUCGGCAUCUCAGUUGAUAGAGCUCGCUCUCGGGCUCGAGUCAUCGAACCGUUCCUUCAUGUGGGUGAUUAAGAAAGGGGACUACUCGGAGGAGCUUGAGAACUGGUUCGCGGAGGAGAAGUAUGAGGAGAGAGUGAAGGACAGGGGUAUAAUCAUCCGCGGGUGGGCCCCGCAGGUCCUGAUCCUAUCCCACUCCGCGGUCGGAGGUUUCAUGACUCACUGCGGGUGGAACUCGACCCUGGAGGGGGUGAGCGCCGGGGUGCCCAUGAUCACGUGGCCCAUGUUUGCGGAGCAGUUUUACAACGAGAAGCUGAUAGUGCAGGUGAUCGGGACCGGAGUCAGGGUCGGGGUCGAGCGGUGCAUGAACUGGGGUGAGGAGGACAAGGUCGGGGUGCUGGUGAGGAGGGAGGACGUGAGGAGGGCUAUAGAGAAAUUGAUGGAUGAAGGAAAGGAAAGUGAUGAGAGGAGGAGAAGGGCGAGGAAGUUGGGUGAGGUAGCCGAGAGGGCAGUCGAAGGAGGAGGCUCCUCUUACUCCAACAUGAACCUUAUGAUUCAACACGUCAAAGAGUUACUAAAUAGAAGGAUGAAUGAGCAGUAUUAUUGUUAAGGCAUAACUAAUAUCGACUAUGUAUAUUAAGGUAUAGUAGUUGGAUCAGAUAAUAUAUAUUGAUAGACCUCGGUGCAGCAGUUGGAUCAGGUAAACUUGGGUAACGUUUUGUAAGUAUAAUUGUUUCAUUGAAUGAAUUCCGCUUGAUGGAUAUCGAUAGGGUAAACCAUCAUCGGGUCGGUUUGAACCA